CCGCAGUGCCGUCCGCCGAGCCUCUGCACUGUCCGCCGGCUGCGGCCGCUGCCCCGUCCUUUGACAGUGUUAUAGGCAUGGAUGGGAAGAAAUGCAGUGUCUGGAUGUUCUUACCUCUUGUAUUUACCUUGUUUACUUCAGCUGGAUUAUGGAUAGUAUACUUUAUAGCUGUGGAAGAUGACAAAAUUUUCCCGUUAAAUUCAGAAGAAAGGAAACCUGGUGCAAAGCAUGCACCAUAUAUAAGUAUUGCAGGUGAUGAAGCUCCUGCAAGCUGUGUGUUUAGUCAGGUAAUGAACAUGGCAGCAUUUCUAGCUCUUGUGGUAGCAGUUCUGCGCUUCAUACAACUGAAACCAAAGGUUUUAAACCCGUGGCUGAAUAUUAGUGGAUUGGUGGCACUGUGUCUGGCUUCCUUUGGAAUGACCUUACUUGGUAAUUUUCAGCCCAGUUUUAAUGUGGCUGAUGAGGGUGCUUUCCUUGACUGCUUCUCCCCAGACUUCAUCCUCAUGGGCCAAGGCAUCCACAUGUAUGCAGCCAGGAUCCAGUGGGGCCUGGUCAUGUGCUUCCUGUCUUACUUUGGCACCUUCGCUGUGGAGUUCCGACAUUAUCGCUACGAGAUUGUUUGUUCCGAGUACCAGGAGAAUUUCCUAAGCUUCUCAGAAACCCUGUCAGAAGCUUCUGAAUACCAAACUGACCAGGUGUAA